AUGCGCAGGGCCGCGGAGCCGCCGUCCCCGGGCGGGGAGAGCGCAUCUGCCGGGCCGGCAGCGGGAGUGGGAGCGGGCACGGCAGCCCCACGGGUCCCCGCCGCCGCCGACACCCCCAUGGGAUCGGAGCGGACGGAGAUGCGCAAGCGGCAGAUGGCAGCAACCCAGGAGACCCCAGGCACGGUGCAGACUCAGCACAGCGUAGGGAACCGCGGGCCCAACGCCUGCUGCUUCUGCUGGUGCUGCUGCUGCAGCUGCUCCUGUCUUACUGUUAGAAACCAGGAAGAAGAGAGAGCAAGGAGAACGUCCCAUGAACUCCAAGCAGAGGGAAUUCCGAACUGUGAGGAAAGCCCCGCUCCUACUCUUGAAGAAGUGAAUGCUUGGGCUCAGUCAUUUGACAAGUUGAUGCUUACGCCAGCUGGUCGAAAUGCUUUUCGUGAAUUUCUACGAACAGAAUUCAGUGAAGAAAACAUGCUUUUCUGGAUGGCCUGUGAGGAACUGAAACAGGAAUCCAACAAAAGCGUCAUCGAAGAAAAAGCAAGACUGAUUUAUGAAGAUUAUAUUUCUAUCCUUUCUCCAAAGGAGGUCAGCUUGGACUCCAGAGUAAGGGAAGUGAUUAACCGAAAUAUGCUGGAACCCUCACAACACACCUUCGAUGACGCACAGCUUCAAAUCUAUACCUUAAUGCACAGAGACUCCUACCCACGGUUCAUGAACUCUGCUAUUUAUAAGGACUUGCUUCGGUCCUUAUCUGAAAAAUCCAUCGAAGCAUAGGAUUCCUUUUUUCUUACGUGUAUUUAUUUUAAAACAAAUGGGACUCUGGGCUACCCUGAUCAACAGGGAAUUUAGUAUUCAUUUACCUGAAAACAACUCAGGCAAGUUUUACUACAGACUGAAUGCUUGGAACCCGCACAAGGCUCUGAUACGAUCAGCUAACUACAGUUUCUGAUCAAAUGAAGUAUUACUUUGCAGAAGAGAAUGAAGAACAAACAUUUAUGUUAAAAAAAAAAAAAAAAAAAGCAGUAUUUUUACAUUGCAGCAUACAACUUGGACACAAGUCUCUUAUAAUGUAUAUCUGAAGUACUGAGCAUGAAAACUAAUUUUAAGUGGACUGUCAUAAUUUUCUUGAAAGUCAAACCAGUUGCUCCAUCCACACUACGACCAAAGUAAAAACAGUUGUACUGUCACUCUCUGGGUUACAUGAGACCAAGUUUCAGCUCCUGUAUGAAUUGUGCUCAGUGCAGGUAAAUCCCACUUGUCUUAUCUGAUGUGUAUACAGUGUGAUAAUGGAAAUCACUAUGAUCUCAAGUUUCCAAGACCUAGUUGUUGAAAUAAUUAAUGCUGCCUAUAAAAACCUUUUGCUGAAAAAUUGUUAUUUUACUACUGGAGUCCACUGAGAGCAUUUUUAAGUUCAGAUUGUUCAUGUUGAUAAUGUUAAAUUAUUUACUUAGUAGGAAGAAGAGU